GGAAUAAACCGUGAAAGAAAAGUAGCUGGAUAGACUCACUGGUAACACUCCCACCACUCGAACCUGAUAACUUUUUAAGCAACAAAAGGGAGGGGAUGUAAACAAGAGCUGCUUAGCCAUAUUGUGCAAGCCAAAUUCAAAUAUAGUGAAAUUGAAUUAUAACGAUGAAUUCUCCCACUGUUCGCCAAAUUUCAGAGUGUUUCAUAAAAUCUAAGUAUGCUUCAGAAGACUCCAAGCUUCUCCACUAUUUGACGCCAUGGGACAUUACUAUGCUCUCUUUCCAUUACAUCCAAAAGGGUCUUCUAUUUGCUAAACCUCCUGAAGCACAACACGAUGAGAAUUUCAUGGCAGGUCUGCAGGAGAGGCUCAAGGAAAGUCUUUCUCUUGCCCUGGUCCAUUUCUACCCACUUGCAGGACUACUUUCCACUGUUAAAUCUGAAAACCCUGCUGCGUACUGGGUCUUUGUGGACUGCAAAAAUAGCCCUGGGGCCAAAUUCAUUUAUGCAGCUUUGGACAUGACCAUAAAUGACAUCCUAUUGCCGGUUGAUGUGCCUUUGGUUGUUCAAUCAUUUUUCGACCAUCACAAAGCCAUCAACCAUGACGGUCACACCAUGAGUCUGCUUUCCAUCCAGGUAACUGAGUUACUGGAUGGCGUCUUCGUUGGGUGUUCCAUGAACCACGCCAUUGGUGAUGGAACAUCUUAUUGGAAUUUCUUCAACAUGUGGUCUGAGAUUUUCCAAAAAAAACAGGGUAACUCUGUUAAUUCCAUCUCACGCCCACCGGUUCUAGAACGCUGGUUUCCUCCCGGUCAUGGAUCCAUUAUCAAUCUCCCUUUUACCCAUCAUGAUCAGUUCAUCAGCAGACUUGAAUCUCCACAGCUCCGAGAGAGAAUGUUUCAUUUUACAUCUGAAUCGAUAGCAAAACUGAAAGCCAAGGCCAAUUCAGGGUGCAAUACCAACAAAAUCUCAUCGUUUCAAGCCUUGUCUGCCUUUGUGUGGAGGUCCAUAACACGGGCUCGUUGUUUUCCACCUGAUCAAAUAACCAGUUGCAAGUUGGCAAUCAAUUGCAGACCGAGAUUAAACCCACCUUUGUCUCAGGAAUAUUUUGGAAACUCGAUCAGUGUGGUGAAAGGAGAUUCGACGGCCGGUGAAUUGCUGGAACGUGAUCUUGGCUGGGCAGCGUGGCAACUACAUGAGGCCGUGGUUAGCUUCACACACAAAACGGUGGAAUCGUGGGUGGAUUUAUGGUUAAAGUCGCCUGAUAUAUUCCAACUUGAAAAGAUUUUCGAUCCUUUCAGUGUGGUGAUAGGGAGCUCACCACGAUUCAAUAAGUAUGGAAAUGAGUUUGGAAUGGGUAAAGCAUUGGCGCUGCGGAGUGGGUAUGCAAACAAGUUUAGUGGGACAGUGACUCCCUACCCAGGACGUGAAGGAGGAGGAAGCAUUGAUUUGGAGGUUUGCCUCCCCCCGGAAACAAUGUCUGCUCUUGAAUCUGACAUGGACUUCAUGGAAGCUGCCUUUUCAACAUAUCUGUAAUCAGUUGGGACUGAUUUUUCGGUUCUGUUUCUGUCUACUAGAUUUUAACACCAAUUCCAUGUCCCCCGUCUAAUGAAUAAAACAUGCAUUAUUAAUGUUAAAUAAAGUGAACAGCUUGUCAGUUAGUUUAGGCUAUGACAUUCUUUGAUUUUGUACCACAAUUUGUUGAAUAAUUAGUUGUCUGAGGUGCGCAGAAGACAAUUGCUGGA